AUGGACGAACGUGAAGACGACAGCGAGUGUGAAGUGCAACUCUUGGAGGAGCAGAAGGAGAACGAGAGGGAGGAAGAUGAUGAAGGAGAAGGUAAGGGCAAGGACGAAAUCGUGCGGCGAAGGAAAAGUGCGCCACUUGCUCUGCACACGAACGGAACGAGCAGCCUGAAGGAAAGAGAAGAAGCAGAAGAAGAUGACGAGACAUCUGUACAGCAGCAUCAGCAGAGCAGGGCACGAGCGAGCCUGUGCAUACCGAGGAUCAGCCGACGUAAGUCCAACACUUUCGAUUUGUGUGAACUGCGCAGCCCCACGCCCCACCGGCGGUCCGUGUCGCAGCCUCUGCAGCACGACCUGAGCAAGUCGCAAGAUGUGAUUCGGGGCUGGUCACCUCUGCCCCUGCGCCGUAGGCAGCAACGCAUCGCAACGACCAAGUCGGCCGACGACCUUCUUAGGAGCACGAACGUCCUCAGCGAGCACCCACUGAGGAAAAAGAAGAAGAAGAAGGAGAAGAGGCAAGCCCACGCCGAUGAAGGAGACACCGACCCGACAAAGACGGAAGGCGAAGAGGAGAAUGAACGUCAGCAUCGCCAGCGGCACAGGAAGAGCAAGAAGAAGAUGGACAAGAAGACGAAGAAGAAGAAGGAGAGAAAGGCCGCUACUCGUCACGUGGUCAACUCGCCGCCAGGGUUGACUUCUUCGUCGGAGGUGGACAUGACCGACUGCGAGGCGGCGGGCACCAGCGCCGGCGAGAGGCACGGCCAUCGGCGGCGGCCCUCCUUGGUGCCGAUGCUCUUCGGCUCGCUCUCGAGCAGCUUCGGUCCCAUGCGCUCGACCAGGCCCGCCUCCUCCCCGCCGCUCGCUGUCAACUCUUCGUCGACCGCGUCGUCCAUGCCGCCCGCUUCGCCGCAGUUCUCGCGCCGGUCGGUGUCCUCCGUAUCGAGCUCGUCGUCGUCGUCGCCGCCACCGUUGCUGGCCAGCUCUGACGCGCUCGACGAGGAGGGGGAGAGGGAGACCAGGGAGAGCCGCUGGCGAAGGCUCCUCCAGCUCGAGAAAGAUACUCUUUCUCGUGUCGUCGUGGCUUCGAGCGACAGCGAUGCAAGCGAUGACGACACCAGCAAUAGCGGCAGGGAAAGCGAUGAAGACGACGACGAUCAGGAGGAAGCGCUGCGACUCGUGCAGUACAACCUCGACGUGGAGAGUACGCGCGCGGUGGGAUGA